CUCCGUUUCAAUAUAAAAUCUCAACGUCGCCAGGUCAAACGAGCAAUCUGUCUUUCUCUCUCUACCUUUCUAUCAAAACACUGCAUGGCCUGAUCCUGUGCUUGAUUUAGCAAUUAAAUAAUGGGAAAUUGCAAUGCAACUCUUCCUGCAGCUAAAAGAAGAUCUCAAUUCCUGAGAGAGCAAAUGGAGUUCCGUACUCAUGAAGGAAUAAAGAGCGUGAAAGUGAAUAGUCUCUGCGAUUUCUCCAGAAAUUCUGAUAUCUGCAUUUGCUUAGUGACCUGGAACAUGAACGGGAAGGUGUCUUAUAAAGAUUUGGUGGAGCUGAUUGGUAGCAACCGGAAAUUUGAUCUACUUGUUGUAGGUUUGCAAGAGGUACCUCGAAAGAAUAUUGCACGACUGUUGCAAGCAGUUCUUCUGGAUACCCAUAGACUGCAAGGAAAAGCCAUAAUGCAAUCUCUUCAGCUGUUUGUAUUCACAGCAGUGAGCUCAGAUUUAUUAGUCAAAGAAUUGAAAGUGGAUAAGCAUUCGGUUGGAGGGCUUGGAGGAUUAAUUAGGAGAACCAAAGGGGCUGUAGCAAUUUACAUCAACUAUAAAGGAAUUAGAAUGGUGUUCAUCUCCUGUCAUCUUUCUGCUCAUGCUCGCAACGUGGAGGAGCGAAAUUCGCAGUUCAGACUCAUAACACACAACCUUUUCUCCAAAGACUGGAACCCUUAUGCAAGACCUGCACAAAUCACCAUAUGGAUGGGAGAUCUCAACUAUAGAAUUCAAGGGAUCGAUACAUAUCCAGUAAGAAGGUUAAUUCAGAAAGACCUUCUCACACCACUCACCAGCAAAGAUCAGCUGUUACAAGAAGCAGAAAGAGGACAAAUCUUCAAUGGAUUUUACGAGGGGAUAUUAACAUUUAAACCAACGUACAAGUACAAUCUUGGAAGCAGCGAUUACGAUACAAGUCACAAGGUGCGAGUCCCAUCAUGGACAGAUCGGAUAUUGUUCAAGAUAGAAGAUGUGGACAAAAUUGAUGCAAGCUUACAUUGCUACGAAUCAGUUGACAGUAUUCAUAGCUCAGAUCACAAACCAGUAAAAGCUCACCUCUGCUUAAAAGUUAGAGAACAAGAAGCAUCCGUUCAUGGAAACCCAGUAAUUUGAGGGGGAAAAAAGAAGAAGAAGAAGAAGAAAGGAACUAUAUUAUUUUGGCAAUCAAAAUUUUCCCUUAUAUAUAUAUUCCAGGUUAUGUAAAAAAGAAAAAAUAGAUGAUUGGAAAUUUAUGAUCUGAGGUGAAUAUUACAUUUUAAUGUAAAUAUGAGGCAGUGUUUUUAAAAAUCAUUUCCUGUUAGAAAAAGCUUCAUUAAAUUCCUUUCAACUUGAGUUUCGUCUAAUUAUAUUA